AGAAAAAUGGCGACGGUCACGUUGUGGCGAGCCUUGCUGCGUCAUUAGAUAAUCCUCAUGCAAAUAGCGGGAAGAACAAAGGAAGGGGGGGCCCAGGACCCCCCCACCCCGGGGACGGGGGGAGCGCAGGGUGCUGGCGUGGGUCCCUCGCCGUCCGGCGGCGACUGUAAAUAGAGCCUGGAUGUUGUUUACAUGAAGGAUCCGGCGGGAGGAGUCUGCGAGGAGGAGGCGGAGGAGGAGGGAGGGAAGACAGAGGAAGAGCGGAGUCCCCGCGGCGGCUGCGUCCGGGGCGAGGGGGAGCCCCGCGCGGCGUCCGGGGACCCCGCGCUGCCACGAGGCCGGGACGCUGGACCCUGGGAAGGGGGAAGGGACUUGGCGGACAUCGCCUGCUCCCGGCCGCAGCUGAACCCACGGCUUCUCCCUGCCUUCCCGGGCCAAGGAAUCUUUUCCCUCGCUCAGCUACCCUCACGCCAGCUGCCACCUUCUUGGAGAAGGACCACACCUGUGCUUACUCUCGCUCUGGAGGAGAGUUGUAGGAAUAAAAGCUCCGAGAAUGGUGGAUUCUAUGAAAAAGAUUUUAAUGUGUUUCUGGAACAGCUCACAUCUCUAGAACUUAAGGUUGGUGAGAAUCUUUAGUGUUGCCCCUUUAGCUGUCCAUUCAGGGCAUCUGAGAUUCUGAGACCCAGCAUUUUUAAAUGGCAGUACUGCAGUAAUGAGGAAAUCAUAGAUUAAUUUGGAUGUUUAGAGAUGGUUAGCUAGGGUUAGAUCAUAUUGACUAGUUAUCUUAAAAGGUUUUAUACAGAGGUGAAGUCAGAAUAAAACUGACUUGUGAGUGGACUAUAAAAUCCAAAAUCUGUGGGUAGAAUCUAGAGCAAAAUAACUGUGGAAUAGACAGUUGGACUACAAGUAUAUAUGCUCAGUGUGUAUGUAAGAGGAAAAGGUUAAAAAUAGAAUUUAUGGGCCGAUCCAUUUAUUUAUAAAUUUUUAGUCUUCUGUAGAUUUUCUGGACUAAAGUCCUCGUUAGCAUAAGUGAGAAUGCUUGUACUUUCUCCUUCUACCUUAUUGUGUCCAUGCUUUUUUUGAUAGGGCUUUCUCUCAAGAUGGAUCUGUCAGAGGUAUGCAAUAGGAGAUGACGUAGGGGCCAGUGCUAGGGGUGGGGAAAACUGAGAGCUUCCUUUAUAUUUACUCCCAGUUAAUGCUUCUCUGUGAGAAUUGGGGUGGACGAUGCACGGGGCAGCGGUCCUUGGCUUCUGGUCUUUUGAGCCACUUUCUUAAAAAAAUGUUCCUGUAACCCCUUCAUUCCAGGUUUCCUAAUAAUCUCCAGCACAAGUUAGUUUUUAAAAAUUCUUAAUGUAGCAAAGCUUUGCAAUAAGAUGCAAAGCUAUAAUUGAUAUUUGAGCAUCUUUUGUCAACUGUACAUUUUUAUAACCUCCCAGUUUGGUCAGAUAUACACAUUUUAUAAUGUCAAUGAGUUGGAUUACAGUUUUCAAGUUAGGGGAAAAAAAUCACACGUUAAUAAAAGACUAGUGGAUUUAAAUUAAACCUAUUUAAGCUAUUUUAGUUUGAAGGUAUUUUUAAAAAAAUAUUUUUCAUUGCUAGCAGUUUAUUUUAUGGUGCCUCCAGUUAUUGACUCAGAUAUUUAAAGGUUCAAAAUCAUCGUAUUUUCAUUUUUAGUCCAUAGGGACGUGACAUGUUCUUUGUGUGCAUUUGUACUCCACGAGAUUUAAAAGACAAGUUCUUUAGUAUACCAGGUUGCCACAAGUACUUGACUUACUGAUAAUAUUUGGUGCAUGUAUCAUGAAGAAGUUGUUCUCAGUUUGUAUCACUUUUAUCAUAGAAUAACUUGAAAAUCUACUUGAUCUCUGGAGGAAAGCAUUUUAGGUCACUUUUUUUUUUCUUUUUUUCUUUUUCACAAACUAUGUAGUAUAUACACUAAGAUAGUGUAGCCAGGAGUACCUGCAGUCACUUGUUUUAACAUUAAACUAUUUUUAUAAGAAAAAUCUUUUGAGAAAGAAAUGUAUUUUAUUCAUGGAAUAAUUAUAAUUUACUUUUUAUCACUUGGUCUCUGGGUUUGGUUUUCUUUUUUUUUUUAAAUCCCAGGUUAGAUGGAAAAUAUGAAGUGAGAGAAAAGUAAGGAAAGAUCAUUUAUUUACUGUGUUGAAAAUGUUUAGUUGUGUGGGUGUUGGUCAUGGCUAAAUAAAGUGAAUUUCAACUUUAUAUUUCGUGACAAACAUGAAGUUCAUGUUUGUAUACUUCAUAUAUAGAAUUUAAUUACAUUAAUGCUCAAUUAGUGAAGAAAGUCUAAUAACUACUAGGUAAUAACAGUCUAAUAACUAUUAACUUAAUUUGUUCCCAUACUGUCCACCCUUCAGCGACUAGACUAAGUAUUCAUCUUUUCUAAAGCUGGCAGGACCUGUGGCCAGGAAAUGUUAGGUAGUGAUCUUUUUAUCUUCUUUGAUGGAUCAGCUAUCUAAACUUUUAUUCUCGAAUAAUCACAGUAUCUUUGUUCGUGUAACAGAUGUUUAUAAUUUGAGUGAAAAUGUGCAGCUGUUUCCAAGAACCUUAGGUUAUGGACUCCAACUUUUUUUUUUUUUUUAAUCUUCGUUGCCCUCUCGUGUUUCAACUCUGUAUUACAUCAGUUGGCUAAGCCCUAGCCUUUGUGACCUCCUUAAGUAUUAGAUAUUUUUGCACUCUAAGAGAAUGUUGUUUUAAUUUGUGUGAAGGUGGGUUAUUUCAUUAGAUAUUACUCUUCCAAAGAUACAGUCGGUUUCAUCGUGCAGAAAGUCACUGUACUCCUGUGUUCUGACUUCUGAUCUAAAGAAUUGAUUCCUUUAUUUAUCUUAUUUGAAGUACUGUGCUAAUAUCUAAUUUGCAUAUAAUGAGUCAUUGAAACUGAGAAAGUGCCUAAUUGAAAACAUAAUUAUUUUUCAAAUAUCUGUCAAGUUCCACUCAUAUUGGAAUAACUUGAGAUCUUAUGACUGACAUGGAAAAAACCGAGUGAAUCAUGGUUUUUAAUAAGUUGAUAUUCUGAAGCCUGAAUUCCAAUUUCAGAAUCUUUUUAUACUUCUUAUUAAAGGUAAGAAUCAUCCCUGAAAUGACUUCAGGGUACAUCUCAAAGGUACAUAUAAUUUCAAAGCAAGUGAUGUGUAUAUCUUUUUUUUUUUUUUUUUUUUUUUUUUAAAGACAUUCCAGAGCUUGUCAGUGGUUCUUGGACCUCCAUAACUCUAGAAUUUACAUUAACUGUAGUGGAAAACACUAUGCAGGUGUGCUUAAAUGCAUAAUUAUCUUCAGUGUCAUCAAUUUGAGUACAUCCUUAGCACUCAGCGCAAGAAUAAUAAAAGUUUUUUUUUUUUUUGCUACUGUGCAUAUCCUUAAAAAGCAUAAAAUCCCCACAACUUUCUGCUUUGUGAUCUGAGAUACUGAGAAGACUAAAAAUCUUAAGCCAAAAUUAAAUACUUUCAGAAAUCAUUUUGCUUGUUUAAAUUGUGUGUCUAAUUGAGUCGAAUGUCCAGGUUGAGGUAGAGAAAAAAAGUACUAGGCUUGAUCAUUGGGCCUGGAUUUGAGCCCAGGUUUACUGUAAUUUAGGGCAUAAUCUCGGGUAAACACCUUAACCUCUCAGGUUUUUAUUUUCUAUAUGUAAAAUGGGCUAAUGAUAUCUAUUUCUAGAGUCCUUUGGUGAUGGAUUAAUAAUUCAGGGACAACCCCAUAUGGGUUCUCAUGAAAAUGCACAUGGGAUUAUUUAAUGUUAGGCAUAUGUGAAGUAUUAGGGCUAUCUGGGUAUGUUUGUGAGCACUUUGAGGAGGAAGGACUGUGUCUUACUUACCUUCAUUGACUGAACAUCUAGAAGAGAACUUGGAACAGAGUAGUUCCUCCGUAAGUAUUUAUUGCACUGGUUGGUGAUUGAGGUCAGGGAGAUAGUUAAUCCAUGCAUGGAAGAGAGAACACUGAAACAGCUGGGAAGCUUACUGCACAUUUGAUGUAUUACCAGAGUAAAAGCUGAAUCACAUGGCUGCUGGUCAUUAACAUGCUUUCAUCUUCUCUUCACCUCUCAUCCUAAUACUA